CUGUUACAGAAAGAAGUAGGAGCUGCACUGAAGGGGGCACAAGUUUACUAAUUAGUGCACAUGUACAGUACCACAGCCUAACCAACGCAACAGCCUGAAAUAUAACUCGAGGGAAGACACUGUACUGUAACUAUACUUUACCUCAGCCAAUUGCUUUCGUUAGUUCGUUAAAUUUGCAGCGUUCGUUUAUAUAUUAACGUUUAGGAGUGUGUAGCUCCGCAUAAACCACAUAAUCUGAUGCAUGUGUUGGGUCUCGUGUGGAUCAUCGACCCGCCCGGUUCGGAGUUAGGGAUUCUUUGUCAUGAAGUAGAACAUUAACCCAAGAAGGUUAAACAGCUUUAACAUCAGCGUGAGGCGGAUGAGUUUUCACUCUCUGUGGAGGGACGGACUUGGACUCGUGCUCAGGAAUCCACUAGAUGUUGAGUGUCCAAAUACACACUUGGAUUCAUUGAAGACAUGGGAAAAAAGAAGGACAAAGAUGUUGAUGCAGAGGAUCAUGGAAAAGGACCGCGUUCACCGAAAUUAUGUGGCACUAACUACCCAGUUAGCAUUGCCUUCAUUGUGGUCAAUGAGUUCUGUGAAAGAUUCUCUUACUAUGGAAUGAAAGCGGUGCUCACGCUUUAUUUCAUCCACUACCUACACUGGGACAAGAAUCUCUCUACAGCUGUGUACCAUGCUUUCUCAAGCCUGUGUUACUUCACUCCGCUUCUGGGGGCCGUGAUAGCCGACUCAUGGUUGGGGAAGUUCAAAACCGUCAUCUAUCUGUCUAUAGUCUAUGUGAUUGGUCAUGUGGUCAAGUCUGUCGGUGCCAUUCCUGAUGUGGGGGACAGCACUCUUCAUGUAGUUUUGUCAGUGCUUGGUCUGGUCCUCAUAGCUUUUGGGACAGGAGGGAUCAAACCAUGUGUUGCAGCAUUUGGUGGUGACCAGUUUGAUGAAGAGCAUACAGAAGAGAGGAGAAAAUUCUUCUCCAUCUUUUACAUGUCAAUCAAUGCUGGAAGUGUCCUGUCCACCAUUGUCACACCAAUACUAAGAGGCGAUGUGAAGUGCUUUGGAGGAGAUUGCUACGCCCUGGCCUUUGGCGUUCCUGCGGUUUUAAUGGUCAUUGCCUUAGUGGUGUUUAUCGCUGGAAGUGGGCUAUAUAAGAAAAGUCCUCCGGAAGGAAAUGUCCUGGUGCGUGUCAGCAAAUGUGUUGGGUUCGCUAUACGCAAUCGAUGGAAGAAUUCCAAGAAGAACCCAAAAAGGGGUCACUGGCUGGAUUGGGCAGAAGAGAAGUACCCGAAGCGGCUCAUUCAGGAAAUUAAAAUGAUGUUCAGGGUGCUGGUUCUCUAUAUUCCAUUGCCCAUGUUUUGGGCUCUCUUUGACCAGCAGGGUUCACGCUGGACUCUGCAAGCCACACGAAUGAACAUGGAUUUUGGUGGAGGCUUCUUGGUAAAGCCUGAUCAAAUGCAGAUGCUGAAUGCUUUGCUGAUUCUGGUGUUUAUUCCGAUCUUCGACAUGGGCGUAUAUCCGCUGGUAGGGCUGUGUCGGAUCAAACUCACUCCACUAAGGAAGAUGGCUGCAGGCAUGAUCCUUGCUGCACUUGCAUUCUGUGCUGCAACUGUCGUAGAAAUCAACGUCAUUAAAACUGUUGUAGAGCCACCUCCUGCCAAAGAAAGCCUUGUUCAGGUUUACAAUCUUAUGGAUUCAGAGGUCACAGUGCAGUUUCCAGGACACACUGUCCUCUCAGAUCCAAUUAAAUCACAUGAGGAUCCUUCGGGAUACACAAGUCUCCCGCUUACUGGUGAAUCCCAGCUCUACACAGUUACGGUCACUCACAGUGGGACCGAUUACCAGUGCGGACUCACAUUCACAGAACAGACUGCCUACAGUCUCUUCCUGCACACUGCACAACCUGGUGGCACUGUAUGCAAACUGGUGAAAGAUCACAUCACCAAAUCUGAAACCGGGGCUGCGUAUCUAAGGUUUAUCAACACUCACACAGAGAAUAUCAACAUAACUGUUGGCACUGAUGAAUUUUAUGCGGCUGCUAAUUAUGGGAUUUCUCAAAAUAUUAGUGUACCUAGGGGAGAAUACAAUGGAGUUGUUUGUGAAACAAACUCUGUCCAAUAUCACAUCGACCUUGGACUUCUUGAUUUUGGUGCCUUCUAUACUGUCAUACUCUCAAAGGAAAGUAAUGGUCUAAUAGUCAAAAAGAUGGAGGAUAUCCAAGCCAACAAUAUUCACAUCGCUUGGCAGGUUCCACAGUAUUUCUUCAUCACUGCUGGAGAAGUCAUGUUCUCCAUCACUGGCUUGGAGUUCUCCUACUCGCAGGCACCGGCAAGCAUGAAGUCUGUUCUCCAGGCUGGAUGGCUUAUGACUGUGGCAUUUGGAAAUGUCAUUGUACUGAUUGUGGCAGAGGGGGCCGGGAUGGAACAGUGGACAGAGUUCCUCCUUUUUGCUGGCCUUUUGGUGGCUGUCAGCAUCAUCUUCUCCAUCAUGGCCUAUUUCUAUACGUAUGUGGAUCCAGACGAGCUGGACAAGAUUUUCAGAGAGGACACAGACGAUGAGAAAAUGGAAAGUUCUGAUAGUAAGAAAAAUGAGGCCGUUUCCUUGACUGACAUGCCGAAGCAAACCAAUAUGUAGCAAAAUGACUGGGCUUUGAUAUGAACAAUUCAAAUCCAUUAAUUGCCAAUAAGCUAAUUAACUUCUUUCACAUAAGACUGUUGUAGCUGUGUUAACACAGAUUAUUUUGUUCCAGAGCCUUUGUGUGGCAUUAUGCUGAUCUCUACUGCUCAGGGAUCAUAUUUCAGCUGAAUUAAGAUAAAUUUACUACGCUGAAGGAAUUAUUAUGCUAUUACUUUACAUGGUACCUUACAAAAAGAAAUGUUUUUUUUGGAGUUACAAAAUGUAAUCGUUAAGAAUGUGAUGAACACUACUUUUCAAAAGUUUGAGGUCUGUAAGAUUUUUGUUUUUGAAGUCUCUGAUGCUCAACUAAGGCUGUAUUUGUUUGAUCAAAAAUACAGGAAAAACAGUGAAAUUGUGAAAUAUUACGAUAUAAAUAACUGUUUUCUAUUUUAAUAUAUUUUCAAAUAUAAUUUAUGCCUGCCAUGGCCAAGCUGAAGAUUUAGCAGUCAUUACUCCAGUCUUCAGUGUCACAUGAUCCUUCAAAAAUCAUUCUAAUAUGCUAAUUUGGUGCUCUAGAAACAUUUCUUAUUAUCAAUGCUGAAAACAAUUGCUCAAUAUUUCUGUGGAAACAUACAUUUUUUGGGAUUCUUUGAUGGAUAGAAAGUUCAAAAGAACAGCACUCAUUAGAAAUUGUUUGUAUGAUGUAAAAAAAAAAAGAAAAAAAAAUUUAAUUGAAUCAGUCUUUGCUUAAUAAGUGUGAAUUUCUUUAAAAAUAAAAAAAUCAAAUGUGUAGUCGUAAGUUGAAAAAGUCUUACUGACCCCAAAAUGUUAGUGAAAAAACUUCAAUAAUAUCAGUGUCUAAUGCCAUUUGCACAUUUUAGCUCACAUUUGUACAUAAUGUUUGUCAUUCUUGCACUAUUCAGAUGAAAUUCUUUUCUAACUAAGUUGUUAACACAGGACCCUUGUAAUUUCAUGUACUAAUAUGAACAGGAUUGGGAACUCUGUUGUUGUGUGUGUGUGUGUGUGAGUCAUGUGAUAAUUAUAUUAUUAUGCAUACAAUUACACUAGACAGGAUUUCAGCAUGAUUUGAUCCACCAACUGCUAUUUACCAAGAAAUUGGGACCAAAAAAAUCAAUAAUUAUGGUGGAAAACAAGAUAAAAUUUGCCUUUAAAGUAUUUGAUGAAUGCGUUGUGUAAAAAUUAUAUACUAGUCACAGACAUUCCCCUCCAACAGGAUUAGAUUUCUACACCCGAUUUGGCUGAAAAAUCAUUUUCAUUCGCCAUGUACUUUUUACAGAAGUUGUGUGAGAAAAAACAUAUUGUUCAAUUCAAAUGGGAUUACAAUCACUAGUAAGUUCAUAUUUAUGAAACAAACUUACCCAGCCUCAUUAGGGAACAACUAUGUCUGUCUGAAUAGGGCCUUUGUUAUAAUGACCAUUCUGGUGAUACAUGCAAAUGUAAUGCAUGCAAAAUGUGACCAUAUCUAGUCUGUUUUACAUCAAUUAUUUUGGGUCUGGAAAACAAAUGAAUAUUAAAUAUUGUUGACAACUAA